AUGGCGGCACCUACGUCUCGUUCUCUCGAGUACCUGGAGGGCCUGCCUGGAACGACCUUCUUCAAGCUGUACCAACAGCCAUCCACCGCCCUCGCUAUUUUCCGGCGCAUGCUGCCUGAUUUGGCAAAAUGUUUUGUGAUGGCACUGUUAUAUCUGAAGGAUCCUCUGCCUACGCAGGAUCUUGAGCUCUGGGUCAAAACAGAAAGCAAGAAGCAACGAGAUAACGCGCUGUCGAUAUUGGGCCGGCUACAUAUUCUAUCGACGACGCUCACAGGCGAAAAUGCCCGCGCAUACAUGGUCACCAACCCAUUCGCAUCCUCCCUCAGACAAGCCCUCAUGGGCUCGGAAGACUCCCAAUCCUUUGGUGUCUUUUCCCAAGCUCCGGGUGAAAGCCUCAUAUCAAUCGCUGACCUGGAUGAAUAUGCACGAGGGCGGUGGGAAAGUGUGCUAGGGUACAUGGUCGGAACGAGUGCUCUGAGUGGACAACGUGACGUGAACCUCAGCAAGGGCGUCAAGCAGUUGCUCCAAGCAGGCCACCUUGUCGAGAUUCGUGAUCGUCGAGUGGAUAUCACCAAAGAUGGAUUUGGAUUCGUGCUUCAGGAUGUCAACACGCAAGUCUGGCACAUACUGAUCCUCUACGUCGAGAGCGCCGAGGCCAUCGGGAUGGACAGCGUCGAGGUCCUCUCAUUCCUGUUCCUGCUCAGCAGUUUGGAAUUAGGACAGUCCUAUGAGAAGGAACAGUUGUCCUCUGUCCAGCUCCGGACUCUUGCCGACCUCGCCGACUUUGGCAUUAUCUACCAAGAGACGCCGGAGGCCACACGCUUCUACCCAACACGGCUUGCAACCACCCUGACGUCCGACUCGAGUGCACUGAGCAGCACCGUCGGUAGCUCGUUGACUGGGGCCUCGGCUCAUCCUGGUGCUUCCGGAUCCGGAUUCAUCAUCAUCGAAACGAACUAUCGCCUCUACGCAUACACCUCAUCGCCGCUACAGAUCUCUCUCAUCUCGCUCUUCACAACACUGAAGUACCGCUUUCCAAAUCUGGUCACCGGCAAAAUCACACGCCAAUCUGUCCGCCGGGCCAUCGACAUGGGCAUCACCGCCGACCAGAUCAUCUCAUACCUGUACUCCCACGCACACACUCAGCUGCGCAAACGCGAUGCUUCCCUUUCCACCUCCAACACGACAAGUAUCCCGCCCUCGGUGCUUCCGCCUACUGUCACAGAUCAGAUCAGACUGUGGCAGCUGGAGCGUGACCGGCUCAGAGCCACUGCUGGCUUCCUAUUCAAGGAUUUCACUUCCCUGCAGGAAUACCAGGCCCCAUGCCAAUAUGCCGCGGAGAUCGGUGUGCUGGUCUGGAAGUCUGAUCGGAAGCGGAUGUUCUUCGUGACGCGGCACGAGCAGGUAGCUGCGUUCCUCCGGAGUAAAAAAUAG